CAUAACAACUGCGUAUCAGGUAUUAUCAUUGAUUAAUUUAAUUAACGUUUAACCGUCGACACAAUGCCAGCAAGGACGAUGCUUGUUUUGACGUUUACGUUGAUGACGUUAACGCGGUCGUGUCUUGGACUGCUGGAGGAAGCUAACCAGCAGACGGUGGAUAGCCUCGCGUUGGACGUUCAACAACUGAUGGAGCGUGUUGAGAGGCUGGAAAAUGAACGAAACACUGGAGCGGUGGCGUUUACAGCAUACCUGUCAAAUACCUUGGCCACAGUCGGGCCGCAUCAACACAUCGUUUUCGAUAACGUCAUUACGAACGUUGGCGGCGGUUACAACGCACUCCAGGGACAUUUCACGGCGCCGAUCCGGGGUGUGUAUGUCUUCCACGUGGUUAUUACCGAUACUCCCACCCACGCUGCGAGUGUUCAACUGCUUCACAACGGCAAGUGGAUUGGGCACGUCCUUGCUGAUGACGUAGGCAAUGCGUACCAAACUUCGUCUACCGUUGCCAGCGUCCAGUUAGAAAAGGGCGAUCAAGUCUGGGUGCAAAAUGAAUACGCGUUCUCGGGCACGGAAUCCAUUGACGGGGGGAGCUGGUCCUCGUUUGUGGGUUACCUGGUUAAAGCGAAUUGACAGCCACAUGGCGUUGGUUUAGUGUAUAUAUAAAACUGGGCCGGUAUUCAUAUCUAAAGCAUCUAUUUUAAGUCAUUUUCUUAAUUUAAGUAUGUUAUUGAUCAUAUGAUAUCUUUCUUGAAAAUUUAAAAACUACUUUAAUUUCAUAAACACAAUUCAAAAUGCACCCUUUUAUUG